UGAUUAUUUUUCUUUCUCUUUUUUAUAUUAUUAUUUCUUUCAUUAUAUCAAUGAUUAUACCAGCUAAAUCUAUGAAGCGUAAUACCUCUGUUGCCAAAAAGCCAAAUAAUAGAACCAAAAAGAAGGCUGGCAGCAGUAAAAAGAACGACAUUUGGGAUAAUACAAGUCAAACAGAGGAACGCCAAAAGAUUAGAGAAUUUUGGAUCCAACUCAGUGAAGAAGAAAGACGAGCACUGGUCAGAAUAGAAAAGGAAACAGUACUGCGCAGAAUGAAGGAACAACAGAAGCAUACCUGUAACUGCUCUGUGUGUGGUAAAAAGAGUUCUGUCAUUGAAGAAGAAUUAGAAGUACUUUAUGAUGCUUAUUAUGAAGAACUGGAAAAAUAUGCUUGUCGUCAGCAAUUUCAACAACAGCAACAACAACAAGAGGAAGAAGAUACCAGCUCUGAUGAAGAUAUGGAAGAAGAGAGUUGUUGCAGUAGUAGUGACGAAGAGGUUGGUAUCAAGAUAAAGAAUACGCUCACAGUAAAAGAAGGAAAUGUAAUCACCCUCGCCGACGAUUUAAUAAAAAAUGAUGGUAGAAAAUUCCUAGAAAUGAUGGAAAAAAUCACUGAUCAAAAAUUGAAAAGAGAACGGGAAUUACAAAGUGAAGACGAUGAUGACGUGUAUGAUGAGGUUGACAUACAUGAUGCCGAUACCGAAGAAGAUUUCGACGAACAUGAUGAUGAGGAUGAGGAACUCAAAACAGAAGAGCAGCGAAUGGAAGAAGGACGAAAGAUGUUUCAAGUCUUUGCCGCCCGUAUGUUUGAGCAACGCGUCAUGCAGGCGUAUCGUGAAAAAGUCGCACAGGACAGACAGCGGCGUUUGAUUGAGGAACUUGAAGAAGAAGACCGACUGCGUCAGGAACGAGAGCUCAAAAAGCAGCGUGAACGCGAAAAGAAACGAGAGACCAAACGUUUAGAGAAGUUGAAGCAAGAACAAGAACGAUUAGAGAUGGAAGCUAAAAAGAAACAGGAAGAGGAAGAAAGGCAACGCAAGCUAAAAGAGCUUCAAGAACUGGAAAGAAAACGUAAAGAAGAGGAAAGGAAGCAAAAGGAGGCUGAAAAGCAACGAAAAGAAGCAGAAAGGCUACGUAAAGAAGAAGAAAGGAGAAAAAGGGAACAGGAAGAAUUAGAGCGAAAGAAGAAAGAGGAGGAGAAAAGGAGAAAGGAGGAAGAGGAACGAAAGAAGAAAGAGGAAGAGAAGCGAAAAGAAGAAAAAAAACAAAAAGAAGAACAGGCCAGACAAGAAAAGUUAAAACAAGAAUCACUCAAUUCACUAAAUACCCUAAGCACAACAAUUGAACGACCACGUAAAAGCUCAGCAGCUGGACCUAUCGGUGGACCGAUCAUGAAAGGGAAAGCAUCGACUGUUCAAUAUCAGCAAGCGAAUAAUGAACACUCAUUCUUUACAAACUAUCUAUUUGGGCAAUCUUCAGGACAAGAUAAUCACUGUAAAAGUAAAAGGCGUAUAUCUUAUGAAAAUAUCCAUCAAGACUGGACAAAUGGAUGGACAGCAUUGUCUGACGCUGUUCAUGAAAAGCUCUUUGGCGAUAUGAUUGCUGAUCGAAGCACGUUCAUCCUGUCAAAAGCCAAAGAAGCUUAUUUAAAACUGAAUGAGGCUACAGAAACAAAGUACGGAAUCACACCCAGUUAUCAACUAUUAGCACAAGUUCAUUUGACAAUGAAUGCAUUAGCUGAAUCUCAGCAAGCGUUUAUUGAUAUGCUUGAAUUAUACGAAACAUUAAAUAAUUCAAAAUCAAGUGAAUUUGAAUGUGUUUAUAAUCAGCAACAAGGAUAUAUUAUACGUUUACUUAACCUAAGGCCGAGGUCAUCUUCUAUACCAGCUCAUAUUCCUUCUACUUCAUCUUCAAAUUAUGCAUUCGAUAACAACAACAAUAAUAACACAGGACUAUUUUAAAUAAAAUCAUUUUUAUUAUUGACUCCAGUACUGUUGUUGUUGGUUAUAAGGAUACAUUGGCAUGCUAAAAUACUGAGUUGAUUGCUGUUGUUGCUGAGGCUGUUGUUGCUGUUGUUGUUGGGGCUUCUUUUCAGCUGAAUAAAAGUCAUAAUAUGAAUAGUUGGCCAAGAAAGAGGGUGGAGGCUGUUGCUGUUGCUGCUGUUGU